CUAAUAAAUAUAAUGCAUUUAGUGAUACUUAUGAUUUCUCUCUGAAUUUGUCUAUAAAUAAAUGUAUAAUCACCAAGAAAUAAUCUACUUACAUAAUAAUGAAAGUUUUAGAGGAGCUUUCAAAAGCUUAUAAUGAGCUUUAAGCUUCAAAAUGUUUACUUUUCUGUUUUUCUUUCGUUUCUCUGUUGAUCCCAGCAUAUCAUUUUACUAUGAAUUUUCCAAAGAGCAAGAUUAUAUUUGCUCAAAGCCAGAAGACUCUGGAAUGCAUUUAUGCUCCAAUUUACCACCAUAUCGCAUCGGACCGCUAGUUUGUAAUGAAUCUGCUGUCCCAUACAGUAUGAAUACGCCAACAGAGAAUUCGUGUGUAAACUGGAAUCAAUAUUACACGAACUGCACACAACUUGGCGGCAACCCAUUCCAGGGAACAAUAUCUUUCGAUAACAUAGGCUUGGCGUGGGUGGCAAUAUUUCUUGUCAUAUCACUGGAGGGUUGGACGGACAUAAUGUAUUACGUUCAGGAUGCUCACAGCUUUUGGGAUUGGAUUUAUUUCGUUUUGUUAAUAGUGAUUGGCUCGUUUUUUAUGAUCAAUUUGUGCUUGGUCGUCAUUGCCACUCAAUUUAGUGAAACCAAAAAGCGUGAAAUGGAAAGAAUGAGACAGGAGAGAGCUCGCUUUACUUCAUCAUCAACAUUAGCGUCAAGCACAAACAAUUCGGAACCGACAACAUGCUACGCAGAAAUUGUGAAAUAUAUUGGACAUCUUUACCGUCGUCUCAAGCGUCGUUUGAUUAAGAAGUAUCAGUAUCAACAGAGAAAAGAUGGCCUUUUGCCUCGUACACCUGACAACCUCUUUUCACCACAAAAGAUUCGCUGUCAUCAUCCGAAGUGCCCAAAAAUGCUUAACAAUCAUUGUAACGCAAGCAGAGGAUCCGGCAGUAAACUGACGAACCUUCAAGAACAAGUUAAACAAUCAAACAACCAAAUCAAUACAAUACAAUCAGCACCUUUGAAUAAUGGUACCAACAACCACGACAAUAUCUCUCUCGAUAAUUCAGAGAUCCAGUCAUUAAACAACACAUUAAGUGCAACAAUGGACGAGAAACAAAAAAUGUUAUUACUUAAAAUAGCUAACAAUUCCAUAGCGGCCGCUUCAGCUGUUGCUUCUGUGGCUGACAACGAUUAUGUGAACAACUCAGCCAGUUCCAGUUUGUUGAGUCCACCGACAUCAACAAGAAGACGUGGCUCGUCUGUGAUGUUCAAUGAAUUUGUUAUUUUACACACACCGCCAACAAUUCCCGAACCGCAGAACGACAAAAAUGCUUUGUCAGUUGAGAAAAUGACACAGACGGGCGAAGGAAUUUGGCAAGUCAAUUUGCCACUCAACAACAGCAUCAACUCCGUCACAAAUAAUCUCAAUGAAUUUGCUGAUCUGAAUCUAACCGAAGCAAUGACUUGUCAAGAAUUGUUGGCACUCUCAGUUGCAUUCUCAGCAGCUCUACCAACAGGGCAGACAACUCUCGAUUCAUUCUACUCGUCAUUAACAAGAAACAACAAUAAUAACUGUAGCAAUAAUAAUAACAAUAACGAAUUUAACCAAAUCGAAGACUACUCGUGUUGUUACGAGCUUUAUCAGCAAAACUUUGACUACGCUGCACAAGAAUAUCAUCAACAACAAUUGCAUUUAUCGAAUGAAGAAAUUGAAAAGAAACGAUCUCGUUUGUACAACAGCACAAUAACUUGUUACAAAGUUGUUUCGAAAAUAUUUCACUUCAUUCGUAAAUAUAUCAAGCGAUUGGUCGACCACAAAUAUUUCCAACAGGGAAUUCUGUUGGCGAUUUUAAUCAACACACUUUCGAUGGGCAUCGAGUAUCAUAAUCAACCGGAAGAGUUAACUGCCAUUGUGGAGACAAGUAAUAUUGUGUUCUCAGCCAUAUUUGCAGUUGAGAUGUUAUUGAAGAUAAUUGCUGAAGGACCAUUCAAGUACAUUGCUAAUGGAUUCAACGUGUUCGAUGGAAUAAUCGUGAUUCUGAGUGCUGUUGAAUUAUGCCAGGCGUUUAUGGGUGGCGAGGGAGCCAGCGGCAAUUCGGGCUUGUCUGUUUUGAGGACAUUUCGAUUACUGAGAAUUCUUAAAUUAGUUCGAUUCAUGCCCAAUCUCCGGAGGCAAUUGUUCGUCAUGUUACGGACGAUGGAUAACGUCGCGAUAUUCUUUUCAUUAUUGAUUUUGUUCAUUUUCAUAUUUAGUAUUCUUGGCAUGAACCUAUUUGGGUGUAAAUUCUGCGAAGAAAUAAAUGACGAAAGAGUGUGCGAUCGUAAGAAUUUCGAUACCAUACUGGGCAUGUACUUAUUUGGUGGUAAGUUCUGUAAGUUUAUGGAUGAAGAAUUGGGCGAAAGAGAAUGUACCUGUCCUGAAAUCAUUGCAAAACAUCCGCUCUGCGAAUGCGAUCGCAAACAUUUCAACAACUUUUUAUGGGCGACCGUGACAGUCUUUCAAAUCCUAACUCAGGAAGACUGGAACGUAGUGCUUUUCAAUGGAAUGGAGAAGACAAGUCAUUGGGCUGCUUUGUAUUUCGUCACGUUAAUGACUUUCGGCAAUUAUGUUUUGUUCAAUCUUCUCGUUGCCAUUCUCGUCGAAGGAUUCAGUUCGGAACGUCAUGAACGUCGUGAAAGAGAACAGAGGGAAAUGAUUAAAGCCAAGCUAAAUGCUGAACAGCAACAACUUCAAAUGCAGCUUCAAAUGCAAGAACAAUUCAAUGAAAUGUUUCCAGCUGACGAUUUAAAAAGUUUCUCCGAUUCAACGACAUCAGAGAGUUACAAUGAGUUAAGAAAUCGAUGGUUUAGUGCCGAAGAGCUCCGGAAGCUCAACAAUUUCGAUGUGAAAUGUAAUAUUCAAAAGCAAAAACUUCUUCAAGGCGAAACGGAAGCUUCGGAUGUACAAACUUCAACAUAUCUCACGAAGUCAAACCAAGAAAAAGAAAUUCAGCAGCGUACAGGAAGCCACAAAAGAAGGCAUCACAGUGUACGUGACAAGAAUAGAGUUGUUGAGAAGCGAAUGCCUGAACCACCAAUCAUCACAACAACAGCAGCAACACCACAAGAUUCACCAAGCAACACAAUGGAAGUUGGAGCGAGCUUGAAAGAUUGGGAAAAAAUUGACAUGGAUCAGUUGGAAGUUACAGAACCACCAAAAAUCCAUUUAACGCCACCAUCAGUGUUUGGUUCGUUGAAAGCUCUCGAUGAAAGAAUUUUCCUGGAGCGUUCUGGUUUUAUGACUAAAGCGGAACGACACAGUUGCCCGACGGUUCUUGGCACGAGUCCGUACAACAGUGAAACGUCGUCUAUGAAACUUACGCCUUCUGGCUCAGCAAAUAUUCUCCCAACUUGUGUUGAACAGUCUGGCGAUGAAGAACAACAGGAAACCAAAAUUGAUAUAAUGGUAACAGCAGCAUCUCCAGCGCCAUCCAGAAAAUCAAGCCUAAAGAUUCGUCGAGGUAGCUCGAAAAGAAAAAAAAGUGAAUCACAGCAAAAUGAAAUUUUAAAUAAUUGCAAGCCAGCAGUUCAACAGUCGCCGACAAGUGAUGAACCACCUACGAAGGAAUCUCUUGACAUUCGAAAAUCUUCCAUUCAAUCUGAUAAAGACGUGCUUCUUGCGAAAGUGAAUUGCAUUAAGAAUGACACUCAAAGCUCGAGAGGUGCCCGCAUUAAUGUUCGUAGAUCAUCGUCAAUUAAAAGCGACAGUCAUCAACUUCCCGUUCAUCGACAACAGCAUUUCUUAUCGAAUAAAUACAUCAACAAUCAACAAUACUACAACAUGAAUCGAAAGAACUCAAUCAAUGUCGCAUCGCUUCAACAUCCUCAUUACUUUCAUCAGCAACACUUUCAACGACGAAUGUCAUCGUUCGAGCACACAUUCGAGAAACAAUCGAACAUAAACAUGAAUAAUUUUGAAGAUUUUCUACAGCGAAGUAUGAAAGUUGAUUUGGAGAAAUCAAUUUCAUCCAUCAAUAACGUUUCUCCAUCGAUUCCGGAACAAUCAGUUCCCGAACUUCCGCUCAAAAAAGGCUCAAAACUAACACAAUGGCUUAAGGAAAUAUCGAACUUUGAUAGUUGGACCGAGGAAAGAGAAUCAUUUUCACUUUAUUUGUUUCCUGACAACAACAGGUUCCGUCAAUUAUGUCAGUGGUUUGUUGACCAGAAAUGGUUCGACAAUGUCAUUCUCCUGUUCAUCGCUCUAAAUUGCAUAACGUUGGCAAUGGAACGACCAAACAUUCCGCCAAAGUGUAAUGAAAGAACUUUCUUAGCGACAGCAAAUUACGUCUUUACGGUGGUCUUUGCUAUUGAGAUGUUAAUUAAAGUCGUUGCAGCGGGAAUGUUUUAUGGUCAUGAAGCGUAUUUCACAUCUGGUUGGAACAUCAUGGACGGUUCUCUCGUCAUUAUAUCAAUAAUUGACCUCUUAAUGGGAUGGCUGAGUGAUUCUAGUCCACGAAUAUUUGGAAUUUUAAGAGUUUUUCGUCUUCUCAGAUCGUUGAGACCUUUACGUGUCAUUAACCGAGCACCAGGAUUAAAGCUCGUAGUUCAAACUCUUUUAUCAUCACUUCGACCUAUCGGAAAUAUUGUUUUGAUUUGUUGCACUUUCUUCAUCAUCUUCGGAAUUCUUGGCGUUCAACUCUUCAAAGGAACUUUUUAUUAUUGUGAAGGGGAAAAUAUCAAAGGCGUUAAAAACAAAGACGACUGCAUUUCAAUUCCCGGAAAUGUUUGGAUUAAUCGAAAAUAUAAUUUCGAUGACUUGGGAAAAGCUUUGAUGUCGCUUUUUGUUCUUUCAUCACGUGAUGGAUGGGUUAAUAUCAUGUACACGGGAUUGGAUGCUGUUGGGGUUGAUCAGCAACCGAUUGUCAACUACAACGAGUGGCGGUUACUUUACUUCAUCGCAUUCAUUCUCCUUGUUGGAUUCUUUGUUCUUAACAUGUUUGUUGGAGUUGUUGUUGAGAACUUUCAUCGUUGUCGUGAAGAACAAGAGAAAGAAGAGAAGAUAAGAAGAGCAGCAAAGCGAGCAAUUCAAAUAGAAAAGAAACGUCGAAGAAUGCACGAGCCACCUUACUACACAAAUUAUUCACCACUUCGCAUGUUUGUCCACAAUGUUGUGACGUCAAAGUACUUUGAUCUGGCGAUUGCAGCUGUCAUUGGAUUGAACGUUGUCACUAUGGCUAUGGAAUAUUACAUGAUGCCAUUGGCACUCGAAUAUGCUUUGAAAAUCUUCAAUUAUUUCUUCACAGCUGUCUUCAUUCUUGAAGCUUUAAUGAAGCUUCUUGCGCUUGGAGUGAAACUUUAUUUGAAAGACAAGUGGAAUCAACUUGACGUUUUCAUCGUGAUCUUGUCGAUUGUUGGCAUCGUUCUGGAAGAGUUAGAAACAAAAAUAAUUCCCAUUAAUCCGACAAUUAUUCGUGUAAUGAGAGUUUUAAGAAUUGCACGAGUAUUGAAACUUUUGAAAAUGGCCAGAGGGAUUAGAGCUCUUCUCGACACUGUCAUGCAAGCAUUGCCGCAAGUCGGUAACUUGGGGCUUCUUUUCUUCUUACUUUUCUUCAUCUUUGCUGCACUCGGUGUUGAGCUUUUCGGUCGACUCGAGUGUUCCGAUGAAAUUCCCUGUCAAGGGCUUGGUGAACAUGCACACUUUGCAAACUUCGGUAUGGCUUUUCUGACACUCUUUCGCGUUGCAACUGGUGACAAUUGGAAUGGCAUCAUGAAAGACACGCUUCGUGAUGAAUGUGACGACACGGCAGAUUGUGUGAAGAAUUGUUGUGUCAGUCCAGUUAUCGCCCCAAUAUUUUUCGUUAUCUUCGUCUUAAUGGCACAAUUUGUGUUGGUGAAUGUCGUGGUUGCUGUGCUGAUGAAACAUCUUGAAGAGAGUCACAAGCAGAUGGAAGAUGACAUGGACAUUGAGACUGAGUUGGAACGAGAAAUUGAAAGAGAACAAUUAUUUGAAGAAGAACAAGCGCUUUGUAAAGAACUGGAAAGAGAACAAACAAAAGUACAAAAACGUCCAUUAACGAAAGUUUCGUCAUUGCCAUCAAACUUCACUUACAGUACGCCAGUCGUUGAAAAGAAAUUCAACCCAACGCGAAGACAAACUGUUCAAUAUUUCAAUCCAUUACUUGGUUCAAAUCCCGCUCCAUUGUCAAUAUUCAACUAUAAUCAGACACCAUCAAGCACAAUUUGUGAGUCGAAUGAAAAUGAUCUUGAUGCUGAUGUGACACUUAGAAAUCCAUCGAAGCCAAUUAAUCGGAAGAACAUUCUCAACAAAUUUCGUACACAGAGCUUUGAUGUGAAACUUCUCGAGACAAGUGAUUCAGUUGAGAUGGAUAGUCAAAGCAAUAUCAAAAUAGGACAAUCAAAUGGCGAAGCCGCAAGCACCAGUGCCAUCAACAAUAAUCUAAUGAUAAGUAAGAAGUCGACAAGCGGCAUCGCCAAAAGAAAAAUUAAUUAUCGUCAAUCAAGUUUGGACUUUGAUAAUCGCUCAAUUGGAUUAUAAGAAGCUUUUGUCAAAAGAAAAAUGAGAAAUAUUUUGACUGGCUUUAAUUUUCAUCAUGUCAUAAAUUAUGAGACGAGAAAUCAAGGAAUUACGCAGUGAAGCUUUGAAGGCUCUUAUUACUCCAAAAUAUUUAUUGUAUUUGCUCGAAUGUACAUUUACAUUUAUUCAUUCAUUGUACUCUUGAUUUGCUCAACUGCUUGUUUGUACAUUAUCGAAAAGAUAAGAGAAAUGAAUCAUAUAUUUACUCAUGCAAAAUGAAGAAAGUUAAUGUAGAUUUUAUGAUAACAAAG